CGAGAUAUCGUUGAGAGUUUUUACAGGCCUGGUUCGGGAGACUAUAGGAUACGGCUUUUUAUCCGAACUGAACUCUUGGGGAAGGGAAUUCCACCCACUCAUCAAUGGCAUCUACUCUCUUCGCUUGCCCGUCGUUGUGUUCCUCCUCUUCUUCUAUAUUUUCUACUUCCGUCAAAUUCUCCUUAAACCCGAAUAAAAUUUCUCUUCCGUUCGCCGGAAACAAAAAACCUCUUUCGGCUCCAAUUCGAAGGCGGUUCAAUGUCAUUGCUAUGGCUCCCCCUAAACCCGGUGGGAAGGCCAAGAAAGUGGUUGGAAUUAUAAAGCUGGCUCUUGAAGCUGGGAAGGCUACACCUGCUCCUCCCGUUGGCCCUGCUCUUGGUUCCAAGGGUGUCAAUAUUAUGGCUUUCUGUAAGGAUUACAACGCUAGAACCGCCGACAAGCCCGGUUAUGUCAUUCCUGUGGAAAUUACAGUCUACGACGAUAAAAGCUUUACUUUCAUAUUGAAGACCCCACCUGCUUCGGUUCUACUUCUUAAAGCCGCUGGGGUGGAAAAGGGUUCAAAAGACCCCAAGGCGGAAAUGGUAGGAAAGGUCACGAUUGAUCAAUUGCGUACAAUUGCUGCUGAAAAGCUACCGGACUUGAAUUGCUCGAGUAUCGAAUCAGCUAUGAGAAUUAUAGCGGGCACUGCGGCAAACAUGGGGAUUGUGGUUGAUCCUCCUGUUCUUGAACCCAAACAGAAGGAAUUUGUGUAGAGAAAUUUCAGUUUGGCCGAGUGUAAAAUCGCGCAGGACAUAUUUACUGACUUGUUUUGUCUUCUAAACAGCAAGGGAAACAGUUCUUUUUAGUUAUUUGUUAUUUGCAUGAAUGAUAUUUAAUUACAUAGCAUAUCAUCAUAAAGA